AUGAAAAUGAUUCUUGUCAUCUUAGUUUUCUUGACGCUUACUGCUGAAUUUUCGGCUCAGCCAGUGAGAGAAGGUUCUGAAGGCCUCGUUAAAGCUGUUGAAGCUAGAAAAGACGAUCAUGAUCUUGUACCGCCAGUCCUAAUCGGCGCUGGACGUGGAGCAAAUGGUGGAAAUGGUGGACAUAGUGGCAACGGAGGUCAUGGUGGCAACGGAGGACAUGGCGGAAACGGUGGUCAUGGUGGGAAUGGUGGCAAUGGUGGCAAUGGUGGCAAUGGUGGCAAUGGUGGUAAUGGCGGCAAUGGAGGAAAUGGUGGAAAUGGUGGCAACGGUGGACACGGCGGAAAUGGUGGCAACGGCGGAAAUGGUGGAAAUGGUGGAAAUGGUGGAAAUGGUGGAAAUGGAGGUCAUGGAGGAAAUGGUGGAAAUGGCGGAAAUAGUGGUCAUGGCGGAAACGGCGGUCGUGGAGGAAGAAAAUUUGCUGAAGACAAAGUGAACUUCUUAUUUGAAGCGAAACAAAAUGGAGGACGUGGUGGAGCCGGUGGAUCCGGAGGAGCUGGUGGAGCUGGUGGAGCUGGUGGAGCUGGUGGAGCCGGUGGAGCCGGUGGAGCCGGUGGAGCUGGUGGAAGCGGAGGCAAUGGUGGAAACGGAGGCAAUACUGGGGAUUGUGGAGAGUCAGGAAAACCUGGUGAGCCGGGAAAACCUGGAAGCAACGGCAAGGAUGGUAGAGGCGGAGCUGGAGGAGCCGGAGGCGCUGGUGGAGCCGGUGGAGCUGGUGGAAACUGUAGAAAUUGA